AUGUCUCAACAACCUCCUGUACUAAUUUCCACUCCCCAACAGUUUCAUGAUAUGGUCUUGAACCCUGAAACAAUUCCGAAACAAUUCCGAGUUGAAAAUUUAAUAGGAAGAAUAGUGAAGGGAAGAAGGGAUAAACCAGAGGAAUUUUUACAAUUGACUGAUGAUGCUACUGAUAGAACUGCUUUCAUGUUUGGAGAGGAUGGUGUAGAGAAAUUGUUAGAAAUUGCAGCAAAAUUUGAACAUACAGAUGGGAAAUUAUCAAAUGGAGCUGCUUUGGAAAUGUUUCACUUGAUUGGAUUUGAGGAAUCGUAUGUGAAGGAAAAAAUCAGUCAGAAUGUUAGAUUUGAGUUGUUAAUAAUUAGUAAGAGCUCUUUUAUGAAUGACUCGGGAUCAUUUGUAGAGGUUGCUAGUUGGGAUGGUAUUUGCUCUUUGGUGGAACAUGUAUUUCCAAGAAUUCACCCAAUUUGUUGUAAAUAUUUGGAUCAACUCAAGACUACUACAUUCGAAGAGAUUAAGAAAAUGGCAGAUUUUGAUUUUGGAGAAAUUAGAAGAUUCGGUUCAAGCCAUCCUCUUUAUUUUAAUGAAGAAAAAUUCUUUGAAUAUUGUAAAGAAAAGAAAUUAACUAAGAAUGAGGAACCAUCUCUAUUGGAUAUUAGAACUUUUUUCUAUUAUGCAUGUGGAAUGAGAGAAUUAUAUUCAGGUGAUGGAUGGACUUACACUGAAAAAGGCGUAAAAGGUCUGAAGGAAUAUUUAGGACAAAAUAUUAAGAGAUCACAACUUGUGGAUCAUACCUGUAUGCAUCUUGAUGUUUAG